CCAACAUGAAUCUGCAGAAUUGAAUUUAAUCGUCUAAUGGAUUGGUAUAAAAAACAGCAGAGACAAUUGUACAUAGUUUUGUCAAUAAUGGUUGCCAAGAGCGACGCACUCCGUCAUAUUGACAUAAGAUUCGUCAUUUGUAAGAAAUGGCAAAGAAAGGUCCUGCACAACUACAAGUUGAAAUUCUUACUGAUGAAGAAUGGGAAAGAUUUUUAGCUGAGAGAGAAGGAUUAUUAGUUGUUGAUGUGUAUUCUGAUUGGUGUGGACCAUGUGCUGCAAUGUCUGCUGUACUCAAAAAAAUCAAACUGGAAGUUGGGGGUGAUUUUUUACACUUAGCAAUGGCAAGAUCCGAUGAAAUACCUGCUCUUGAAAGAUUCAGAUCCAAAAGUGAACCAACAUGGAUGUUCAUAUCCAAUGGAAAACUCGUAAAUUUGAUGUUUGGAGCCGACGCACCGGCCUUGCAAAGAUUAGUGCUGGCCGAACUAAAAAAGGAAGAGUUAUUCCGUCAAGGAAUCGGCGAUCGUCCAGGUAUUGAACCACACGAACGUUUUGGUGAAGAAGUGGCGCGGUAUGAAGAAGAGCAAAGCAUUCUGAAGGCCAUCGAAAACAGAGAAAUCGCCAAAAAAGAAAAGGAAACACUUGACAGGAAAAAGAAAGAAUGCCAAAAUAUUUUGGAAAUGAUGGACAAUGUGGGGUUUGCGAUGAUUAUGCCACACGCGAAGCUAAAGUACAACGACGUUCUCGGGGAUGAGCUCGCUGAAGCUGGCCUUAUGAUUAAGGAACGAGAAAAGGUAAAUAAUGGUCAGCCAUUCAAUGUUGUAUUUAAAGUUAGUUUCAUUAAAGAUUUUCUACGUGAAAACACUAGAUAUUUUAUUUAUUAUAGUCGGAAUAUUGCACAAAAUGUCGUUUUCCUAAUAAUCCAUUUCCCAUAUUCCCCCCAGGUUCAAAUGACCGACUUCCUCCUAUCAGAAAUUUCGUUCUUUUGCACCGAACCCCCCUUUCCCGAAGUCUCCUUGGCCGAAAUGGAGGAAGACAAAUGCAUGGCACUUUUCCUUAAACCAAAACCCAACACGGAAAUCUCUAAAAUCGACAGAAUUAUCGCCCGGGUGGUUUUCGGUGAAAUGGAGCGACCUCCUGGUAGUGCCGGUUCUCCGUCUCAGCAACUAUACAAGAGUGCUGACUCAGGACACAUGGAUGAGAUUCACGUGGAAGAAAAAAUCGAAGAAGUCGAUAAAGGGGAAUUGGAUGACAGUGAAGAGGAAGACGAGGAGAGCAAGGAAAUAGAAGAGGAAGAAAUUGUUGAAGUGAUCAUAGAACGUAGCGAAAAUGAUCUAAUAGGAAUUUGGAUACCUCCAAAUGAAAGAGUUAAAGCAACCUGUCUAAAGCUCUUUUUUACAAAAUAUGUAUCUGACUGCUUAAUCCCGAUACCAGAACCAGAGCCAGACCAUUUAGCAAUAGUCUACGAGUUCUACAAAAAGGAAGCUGUGAAAAAGGUAAUGGAUCAACACGCAAAACACGUGAUGAGAUACGGAUUUUUUACCUCAGAAGACUUUUAUUCAACGAGAUUAGUGGCAAAAAGUUUUAAGAAAUUGAACGUUAAAGGUGUCAAUAGGACAUACGAAGAAAAAUUAAUUUUGCAAGUAUCAAAGAAGUUUAGCCAAUGUAUAUUGGACUUUGCGCAAGUUGGUCCUAUGUACAUGUCCCCUAACGCGGAAGAAGGAAAGAAAGAGUGUCGAAUAGUGUUUGGAGAGCAGUACGACGAACCAGAUCUUCCUGAUGAAGAAGAACAUGCUGUUGUUACACAUGCAAAAGAACCAGAACCUGUAGUUGAAGAAACACAUGAUGUUGAUGAUGUCGAUGUAGAGGAUAUACCAGAAGAAGUAGAGGGAGAAGAAGUACCACCUCCUCCUGCAACAGUACAUGAGGCACCACCUGCACUAGAAGCAGUACCAGUGGAGGAAGCUCCAGCACCGGCUCCCGCACCUGCGCCAGUGGAAACGGCACCUGUAGAAGAAGCUCCUCCGGACGAAGAUGAAGACGACGCAUAAUUAUAAACUCAUCAUAAUCUAUUAAUAAAACAUUUAAUUAACUUCUAAA